UUUAGGAACUUUGCCAUCGAGAAAUCGUUAGAAAUGCCUUGCUUCGUAAAGUAUUUAUUGUUAUUUGUUUUAGUUUGAGAAGUUUUUUCAGAUAUUAUAUUGUAAAUCUGUGGUGCUGCUUCAAGAGAUUGAUAAGUAUGGUUGUUUCUGUUUCUCUCCUAAAAGCAGCGCAGAUAUUGUUACCAUAAGACUUCUGUUUUUGUAAUGGAGCUGUAUGAUCUGAUGUGAUGUAUGUCAUAAUGUUCGUCUGUCAACUUUUUAAAAAUCAUUUUCAAGCUCGAUUAAUUGUUGCCAGAUUCUUGCACCCAAGGGUGGGGCCUGGUGGUCAAUGAAGUGGUUGAGAACCAUGAGCUGUCAGGUUCAAAUCGUGGCUUCUUUCCAUCUGUCCUAGCCUUGGUGCAUAGAGUUGGUGCAUAGAGUUACCUGACACCUGAUGUUGGUCGGAGGUGUCAGGUAUCCCUGAAAUUAGUCGAGAUGCGCUCAAGCUAGAAUGGACACUGCGGUUGUCUUUAAAAAUGGUUGUUGCCAGAUUCUUCCUAUAAUAACAUGAUCAGGAAAGGCUUAUGUUAAUACAUUUGUUGAUCUUUUUCACGGAUCUAAUCCACAAAUACACUCUAGGAAAAAAUAUCAUCUCUUUUUAUCCAACUGUUAAUGGAUAUGUUUUUGAUCUUUGAAGCAAAAGCAGAAGUAGUAUCAAAAUGAGAAGGGGUCAGAAAAUAAAAGGUUUGAAAGGCAAUAGUUAUGUCCAAAAGUUUCUAUUCCUGGUGGUGGUCACCAAGUUGGUGUAUGAAAGCUACUAUAAUAUGGAGAAAUAUGUAUUUAUCAUGAUUCUUGGUUUAUCUUCAACAUGCUUUUGUUCUAUUACUAGAAUUUAAUGUGAGGGGUCCAUAUUUAAUGCCUCCCAUUCUUCUCUGUAGGGACCAUAAUAUGUGGUUGCAUCUGCUGUUUUUUUCCUCUCAAUUUGUGGGCUAUGGGGAGGUUAACAUCUACCUACUGCCAAUUGCCAAAUUUUGUUACUAAAUAUUAGUAUUUGGACCAGUAUUUAAAUUUGUUUAUGAGACCUCUCAGAUAAUAUGCUGUAUAUUCAUUCACAGUUUAUUUUAUCCGACAACACUAGAAAACUGCGGUUAAGAAGCAGGAAGAUGUGCAAUUCCCAGGGCUCUUUUGCUUGAUGGACCAUACACCUGGCUGCAGUGAUAAGGUUACUUUGAAGAGGUGGUUUUUCAUUGACAAAAGAGUUGGUUAGAAGUGUGUGAAACAAUUUAAGAGCAGAGUACUCAAAACCGUUGUCAACUGUUUGCAUAGUUUUAAACUUAUUUUCUUCCAUAUAAAGAUAUUGGGGACAAUGGACCUGAAAUCAAAUACAUCCCCGGUUGUCACCGAUCCUGCCCCAAUGACUCAGUCCAGAUUGGGCAUCCACUCUACUUUAAUGCCAUACUCUCCGGCUGGGCCAGCUUUCUCUCCUACACUCUUCCUUACUAUCCCAAGGAAGAAGCCAGGAAUUCUAGAUGAUGUUAGGUCAAACACUUGGUUGGAUGCCAUGAAAUCGUCAUCUCCUACACAUAGAAAGAAAAGUAAGGAUUCAACUGCUGAAAUAUCAGCAAAUGAAAAUGAUCUUGCCUACCGCAUCUGGAUGCUCAAGUAUCCCUCAGCACUUUCCUCAUUUGAGCAAAUCACAAAUUAUGCAAUAGGCAAAAGAAUAGCACUUUUUCUGGACUAUGAUGGGACUUUAUCACCGAUUGUAGAUGAUCCAGAUCGAGCUUUCAUGUCUAGUGCUAUGCGUGCUGCUGUGAAGAAUGUGGCUAAAUAUCUUCCCACAGCAAUUAUUAGUGGGAGAAGUCGUGAUAAGGUAUAUGACUUUGUUGGACUGGCUGAGCUUUACUACGCUGGUAGUCAUGGCAUGGAUAUAAUGAGCCCUGUUCGAUCCAUUUCUGAUGACUAUAGUUGUCUUAGAUCUACUGACAAGCAGGGCAAGGAAGUUAAUCUUUUUCAACCUGCUAGUGAGUUCUUACCAAUGAUCGAUGAGGUUUUUAUAUCUCUUGUUGAGCUCACAAAAGAUAUCACCGGAGCAAAGGUCGAAAACAACAAAUUCUGUGUUUCCGUUCACUAUCGUAACGUUGAUGAGAAGAGUUGGUCAACUAUUGGAGAAUCUGUUGAUGAGUUGGUAAAACGCUAUCCUCGUCUGCGAUUGACACAUGGCCGGAAGGUUUUAGAAGUCAGGCCUGUGCUUAACUGGGACAAGGGGAAAGCUGUUGAGUUCUUACUUGAAUCGUUGGGGUUGAAUAAUUGUGAUGAUGUUCUUCCCAUAUAUAUAGGAGAUGAUCGUACAGAUGAAGAUGCAUUUAAGGUUUUGAGAGAGGGAAAUAAAGGUUAUGGAAUCUUGGUAUCCUCUGCUCCUAAAGAAAGCAGUGCAUUCUACUCUUUGAGGGAUCCAUCUGAGGUGAUGGAAUUCCUCAAGUGCUUGGUAUCAUGGAAGAAGUCAAGUGCUUGUAACAAUUAACUAUUUAAUACAUAUACCUCAUUUUGUUGAUUUCUUUUCAUAUGGAGAUCAAAUGACUACUUGCGGAUGGUUUAAGGAGCAGAGGUGCUAAGUUAAAGCUUCUAAUGACAGUAACGUGAUUCUAAUUCACUGUUUCUGCUCAGAGCUUUUCUUUGUAAAUUCCUUUUCGUAAUUGCGGCAUCAAGGAUGCCCUUAGACCAAAUGUAUAGUCAUCUUCCUAUUUUAUUUUUCGUUUCAAGUUUUAUGUUGUUUUUAACUUUGACUGCCAGUUCUCCCCAAGGGAGAGUGUACCAACACCUGAAUUGCUUAAUACAUCAAGUACAAACUGAAUUACUUUAUUUAGGUAA